AUGCUCGGCCAAGCCCUGGUCCAUGGCAACUCCGCUACGCACCAUCGGGCUGUGUAUCGACACGUUUCCUUACAGAGCCUGGCAAAGAUGCAAUAUCACACACCUACAUCAGGUAUGCACCCCCCAAGGGCCACAAACAAUGUCAACCUUACAGGCAACAUACAACAUCCCACCACAUCUCACAUUCUCGUAUGGGCAGCUAAUAUCAACAAUCAGCAACAAGGGGAUAAAAAGCCCUACACAGUCGUUCGACACCAACCACACACACUUCGAAAAGAUGUGUCUCCACCUAACACCAAUCCGCCGCACUCUAUCACUCACUUAUAA